UUCAUUCAUAAUUAUGAAUAUUGUAUGAGGAUAAAAGCUGAGGAAGAGAAACAGGAUAAUUUUGAUAACAUUGAUAAGCCUGCUAAGAUUGAUGUUGAUAAGAGUGUUUUAGUUGAGUAUGUAUUGGUUAAGACGUACACUAGUGAGAAGUUUGCUGAGGUUGUUAAAGAGCGUAGAGGAUUGACACACACAAAUGUCACGAAAACCUCAUGUCAUGGAUCAGUGGUGUUGUAUAGAGCUGAUGAAAAACUAACCUCACCGUUUUGGCGGAAAAGGUUUAAAAGUUAUGAUGUUAGGGUGGAUAAGGAAAAUGGUGAUUUACAUUGCUCUUGUAACUUGUUUGAAUUUACGGGAAUACUUUGUAGACAUAUAAUGCGUGCAAUGGAUGUAGAGGAUUUUCAAUUUGUUCCAGAAAAGUACAUACUACAACGGUGGAUGAAGUGUGUUAGGUCGUACGAGAGCAUUCGAGUAUCUUACUUCGACCCUCUUGAAUCUAUCAGAUUGGGCAAAGCCAAAGAGCUUUCACAACGGCAUAAUUACUUGUCUGAAUUAGCUACGCGUAAUGAUGAUGCACUUCGGUUGUACAAGGAGGCUAUGGAUGUUGUGCGGCUAAAAAUGGAGGAUGUAGUCGGAAUACGAAAGACUGGGGAAAAAGGGGACGACCUUAUAUGUUGGUGGGACCCAGAUGCGAGAAAUGUAUUUGGUCGUCGAAGGCUACGUCCACGAGAAUUUGGUGAGAGAGCCAGAUUAAGGGAUGUAGAAUCGGUCGUGGACGAGAACAGGAUCAAAACACCGGUUGACAAACGGCAUACUGGUAGGGCAAAGACAAAAAGGAAUGCUCCUUUUGGUGGAAAGGCCGGUGGGAAUUCUAAGAACAAAAAAGUGGUUACUGAAGAGGAAGUUAUUGCUAAUGAGGAACUUAUUUGCAACGCAUUUGGAAAUCUUCCAAGUUACCGUGCUAGGCAACAACACGCGAAUCACGUUGGGGGUACAUAUGCGGAGAACGUCCCACAAAGUUCUAAUGUACAUCCUUCUCAAAGUUCUCAAGCACACCCGUCCCAAUUACAUUUGUCUCAGGAUUGUUCACAGUCAUUUGAAUUUGAUAUUAACGAUUGGCGCACCAGAUUGUGAAUGUUUUGUGUAAAUGUAAUUUAAUUUGAUUUCUUCAAAGAUAUAUUUUCGUUUAAACGGUAUUUUAAGAAUUGAAUUUUUUAAUCCAAUCCUCCCUUUUUGCUAUGUACUUUACGUUAUGUCUAUAUAUGUAAUUGAUGUAACCUCAAUUACUUUAUCAGUGUAAAAAAAAAAAAAUACAAAAUGAGUUGUAUUAGGCGUCGAACCCACAACCAAC